CUUGCCGCCAGUUGGCCGGCGGCGAGCAUGGGAAGUCGUACCUUGGGCCUCAAUUUCAGGCCCUUCGUGACUCUGCCACGAUGUCGACGUCCUGCACAGAAUCUGUUGCGGCCAUUGGAGAGCCAGAACCGCUCAUUCCAGACCACCCAGAAACCUCCCGCACCUGACUUCGCUUUCGCAUUCGACAUCGACGGCGUCCUCGUCCGCAGCGCAAAGCCCAUCCCGCACGCCUCUUCGACCCUGCAAUUCCUCCAGAAAAACUCGAUUCCCUUCGUCCUCCUCACGAACGGCGGUGGACGUCAUGAAUCUGAACGAGUCAAAGACCUCUCGGAGAAGCUGUCCCUCUCCCUGGACACCUCCAUGUUCAUCCAGAGCCACACACCCUUUGCCGAGCUGAUUCACGGCGAAGAUAGCCUGCGUCACAAAUGCAUCAUGGUGGUUGGUGGUGAGGGCGGUCGCUGCAGAGACGUCGCAGAAAUGUACGGCUUCACAAACGUCGUAACGCCAGGUGACAUAUACGCUGCACAUCCGGAGAUAUGGCCGUUCAGCAAGCCGUUCAAGAAGGAUUACUACGAUAAAUUUGCGCGGCCCCUGCCGAAGCCGAUCAAUCCAGAUUCGCCGGCAGAUAGUCUCAAGAUUGACGCGGUGUUCGUGUACAACGACCCGCGUGACUGGGGCUUGGAUUUACAGGUUCUCAUGGACGUGAUGUUGUCGCACAAAGGUAUCAUGGGAACUUAUUCAAGCAAGAAUGGCGACGCGUCGCUGCCGAACAGUGGGUACCUCCAAGAUGGGCAGCCGCCGCUGUACUUUUCAAAUCCGGAUCUGUUGUGGGCCGCUGAUUAUCACCUCUCGCGUCUUGGGCAGGGCGGGUUUCGUGCAGCAGUCGACGGCCUGUGGCAGGCGUUGACAUCCAGUAAGGAUCAUCCCACACCGGAACUGUACAAGCGCGUUGCUGGAAAGCCGUUCCGAGAAACAUACGAGUUUGCCGAGAAGCAAUUACUUCGCCAUCGUGAUGCGAAGUUCGGCAAGAGCCAAGCUCCUCCUCUGAAAAGGGUGUACAUGGUCGGCGACAACCCGGAAAGUGACAUUCGUGGUGCAAACAGCUACGAGUCUCGGUAUGGAGUCGAAUGGAUUAGUCUCUUGACGCGUACAGGCGUUUACAAAGACCGCGACGGACGGCGACCGACAUGGGAGCCUCGAGCAAUAGUCGAUGAUGUCAAGGCAGCAGUACAGUAUGCACUGAAAGAUAGCGACUGGCCUCAACCUUUGCAAUAAGUAGUAGACUUUGGGAUCAGAAGGUGUAUAGAUUUGGGCUUGAAUAGACGAUAGCAUUGUACAUGUUCGGCAAUAUGCAACCUCCACAAUG